CUUCCCGCGCGGCCUGUGAUCCAUGGAAGGAGAGCGGUGACGUGUCGGACAGCGGCAGCAGCACCACCAGCGGCCACUGGAGCGGGAGCAGCGGCGUCUCCACCCCGUCGCCCCCCCACCCCCAGGCCAGCCCCAAGUAUUUGGGGGACGCCUUUGGUUCUCCUCAAACUGAUAAUGGAUUUGAGACCGAUCCGGAUGCUUUCCUGUUGGAUGAACCAGCGCCUCGCAAGAGGAAGAACUCGGUGAAGGUGAUGUACAAGUGCCUGUGGCCCAACUGUGGCAAAGUCCUGCGCUCCAUCGUGGGCAUCAAACGUCACGUCAAAGCCCUCCACCUGGGGGACACGGUGGACUCCGACCAGUUCAAGCGGGAGGAGGAUUUCUACUACACAGAGGUGCAGAUGAAGGAGGAAGCUGCUGCUCCUGCUGGCGCCCCCGCCGCUGACCCGGCUCCCGCCCCCAGCAUGACCAGCCCACCCCUGGCUGUUCUCUCACCGCCUCCUCCCAAAGCCCAGCCCUCAGGCCCAGAACACCCCGGCCUGGAGUCUUACCUGCCCUCUGCUGCUCUCAGCAAGUCAGCUCCUGGCUCCUUUUGGCACAUUCAGGCCGACCAUGCAUACCAGGCCCUGCCGUCCUUUCAGAUCCCAGUGUCACCACACAUCUACACCAGUAUUAGCUGGGCCGCCGCCCCCUCCACGGCCUCCUCCCUCUCUCCGGUCCGGAGCCGGUCACUAAGCUUCAGCGAGCCCCAGCAGCCACCACCUGCCGUGAAAUCUCACCUGAUCGUCACUUCUCCACCCCGGGCCCAGAGCAGUGCCAGGAAGACCCGCGGGGAGGCCAAGAAGUGCCGCAAGGUGUAUGGCAUCGAGCACCGGGACCAGUGGUGCACCGCCUGCCGCUGGAAGAAGGCCUGCCAGCGCUUCCUGGACUGAGCGGGCCGGUGGCUCGGCCCUUGCGCCCGGAGGACAAAGGCAGACGCGUCCCCAGCCCUCAGCAGAAACCUUAAAAGAUGAAGAGUGGACAGUGGGAGUUUGGGCUCUUUUGGUUAAGGUUUAACACUUAAAACACUUCCCUCUCCCUCCCAGGGACAUUUUAUUUUUUAAAAAAAGAGACAAAAGUUAUUUUUUCCCCCUCAAAUAGGAGAGAGCCAAGACCUACCGAGGGUGUUCUCCAGCAAACCAGAGACCAAAGAAUUGAUUCCCCUCCCCUCCCCUGUCCCGUCUCUCUAGGGGAUUAGUUUGUACAUAGGGAAAGAAGGAACAGCUCAUUCUGUUUCCUGCUGAGUUGGUGAAUUCUUUGCUUUCUUCAUUCUUCCAGAAGGGACUGUGAGCAAGAUGAAUUUACUUUACUUUAAAAAAAAAAAAAAGGUUUCUGGCUGGUGACUCAGAGAGCAGAACCAGGGGAGGAUGGGGUGGGGAGAGCGGGGGUGUCUGUGCUCUGUAAGGUGCAGCCACCCCUCUUGUCUGCCCAAAUCCAAAGGAAGGGAGAUCUUGUCCUCACCGAGCAGCUUCCAUGGAAGUGAAAGUAAACCCCCUCCUUGGUGACGACUGUUUGCAUCUGGGCUCCCUCAGACGCUGGGUCACUGGCUGCUUCUCCAAGCCCAGACUCAGAGGUUUGUAAAGAUAGCUGAGCCAAAAGGCUGAAACGAAUUCCCGUUUUGCAAGGCGGCAGUUAAACACUACCUUGAUCACUCUUUCCUUGAGGAGGGAGAGGGUUUAGCAUUUGUGAAAGCUUCCUGCCCCCGCCGCGGGGUAGGUUCCUCUUUGUCUCCCGUUUCACCAGAGACUUUCCCCAUCUUCCUUCGAGGCUGCAGGCAGGGCUGGCGAAGAAAGCCGACAGAAAGGUAGGUGGCCGCUUCCCCCACGGUGAGAGGGCGUUGAAUGUUCCCCCACUGUUCCGUUGGCUCACCUGCCCCUUUGAGGACAAUCGGGUCUUCUUCCUAAGAUGAUAGAUAGGACAAGACCCUUCAGUCAGUUCAGGAGGCUUCUGGGUUUUACUAGUGUUGGUCCAGUCCAUGGGACGGGGAGGGUCAGUUGGAUGCGGUGUCACCUUCCCAGAUAUCCCUGCUGACGGUGGGAUGAGGGAGGUUAGAGAGAGUCCCGAGGUCACGUGAUGGGGACCUGGGGUUGAAUUAUCAGCUGCUGGUGCUUCUGGAAGCCUCGGGAAUUGAGAGGAGCCUGGACUGCACUGCUUGGGAGGUAAAUAAGCAGAGCUGUUCUUGUUGAGGAGCGAGAUGUGGGGAGCUCAGUGCCACGCCGGCCACUGGUGAACAAAGGCUGGGCCUUUUUUGUUUUGGCGCCUCGCCUCUCUUCUAAGCACGACUGGUUUGGAGAUUCCUCAGGGCCUGUGUCCCAGUCGUCAGGGGCUCAGGGACUGCCACCAAGCCACCUGUCUGGGGACUGAACAGCAGCGUCCACCCCUUGGCUGUGAUCGAGGCUGUCCUCUUGGUCCAGGUGGGAACACCUCGAUACUGAUGCUCUUCAUGUGGGAACCAGGAAGAUGCUUUUCAGUCGGAGACAUGCCGAGUGUUUGAAACCUGCAAACCUAAGAAUAGCAGUGUGAUGUUGUGAAGGGUGAUGGUGACCUGGGUUUGAGGGCAGAAGGGAAAGAUGCCCUCAUACAUGGGUGUCUUUGGUGGUGAUGGGGUAUAUCUUUGUAACUUAGUUAAAAAAAAAAAAGUAUGUGGAAUUCUGUCCCUUGGUAAAGCUUGAAACCUGGCCAGCCAGAGGGGCCCUGGGUUCUUCCUCCUGCCCCUUCGAGCUCCCUGAGAAGUCAAAGCAGAUGCAGGUUGUUGCUGGGCUGACCCCACCCCCACCCCACAGCAUGUCUGACCCGCGAGUGGAGGCGGGGACACAGCCCCACAGCGUCCCCCCUUCCCUUCUUAACCAGAGCGCUUGCUGAGUCUAGUCUUUCGAAAAGCUCUUUUUAUUUCCCCCUCAGCUCGGGCUGUGUAGAUGUAAAUGGAUAUGAAGAUUUUCUCUGAGCGAAGUAGGCUUCUCAGAUCACAGGGCAGAAAAGGAAGAGAGAAAGGAGACAUGGAUGCAACACUUUAAAAACUGAGGGUUUUUUAGUUUUCUUUUUUUUUUUUUUUUUUUAAAAAUGUUCUGGUGCGGCUUUCCCCAUCAGCAUGUGCUCCUGCCUCCUUCCUGGUGGCGGUGGCCUCCUCCGGCCUCCCUCGGCCUCCCUCCUCCCGCUGCUCCGUCUUGUGGCUGUAGUGUUGGUUCCUGACGUGUGGUCUGUCCCGGGGUGGGGGUGGUUUGUGAACUGGUCCAGUGGUCGUGCCUGUUUUCUUCAUCUCUGUGUCUCUCCCUGCUUCCUGGCCCACCUGUGCUUCAGAAUCUGCUAGAAGGUGGGAUGCCGCAGGUGUGCGUGGGAAACUAACAGGACUGAUUGCCAAAAGCAGUUGUCUUGGGAAACUCUAUUCCAGGGGCGUUACCCUCAUUCAGAACCUCUCUCGGAAUUAGUUUUGGAGUCCGUGGUGCCUGCUUUGAGCAGCCUUAAUGAUACUGAAUGUGCAUCUGCUUCUGUUCAUUCGGUGCAGAGAGAGUCCAGCAAAUAGUACCUGUGCUCAAGUGAGGUCACAGAUGCAAAGCACAAGGACCCACGAGCACGUAAGAUGACUUGGGUCUAAUCAUGGGACUUUGAAGCCGGCUGUGAAAAUAGUUUCGUCAUUUCAGAGAGCAGUUUGAGUCAGCCCACGGCCUGACUCCCUGGAGGACACUGUUCAUUUUGUUGUGGAAACUCUGUUUUGUUUGAAAAAAAUCUGUCCUGUUACUUUCUGGUCCUCCCAGGUUCUGACUUUACCAGGGGUAAAAAAAAAAAAAAAAAAAAAAAAAAGAAAGAAAGAAAAAAAAAGAUUUUUAAAAAAAGAAGAGGGAGGUAAAUCCCAUCUGUGAACUUGUCUUCUUGGCUCCUUUCCCCCCAGCUGUCUUCCAAGUAUUAUUUUUACUGUUAAAAAUUUUUUUAAAAAAUGUGAAAUGUAAUGUUUUUACAGCAACAAUAUGAAAUAUAUUUUAUAAAGAAUAAAA